UAAACCAUGUUGAAACGCAAGUUGGAGAAACAGAAAGCGAACCUGGAAUGCGAGGAAAGGAAGAGAUUGGCCUUGCCAGGUCAAGGUGCAACAUCGGAACUGUUUGGUCAACCCCUGUGGCAGCAGUUUUUCAACAUCGAGGCAAAGCUCAAUGAUAGUUUGGAUCAAAUGAUUCACCAUCUUCCGCCGAACGUUAAUUGCACUUAUAAUCCAUUAGUCUAUGCGUCACAGCUGCAUUGCGACUAUUUGCGUCGUUACUUAGGUGGACCCAAGAAGCUCAUCUUUGUGGGAAUGAACCCUGGGCCAAAUGGAAUGUGUCAAACUGGUAUACCCUUUGGAAAUGUACGCACUGUGAAAGUGUUAAUGCAGCUUAAUGAAAUUGUGGGUAAGCCUCCAAUAGAGCAUCCCAAACGUCCUGUCUUGGGUUUGGACUGUCCUACGGAGGAGCCGAGCGGCGUUCGCCUCUGGGAGCUGUUUCUGCAACUGGCCGGAAAUAUGGAAACUUUCUCAAAGCAGUGCUUCGUCCACAACUUCUGCCCUCUGGCAUUUUUCGAUGAGGCUGGAAAAAAUCUGACUCCCAGCGAGCUGAAAGGACCCUAUAGAAAGGAAGUGGGAAAAUACUGCUUAGAGGCCCUUGAUGAGGAACUAUUUUUGUUGAAGCCGCUGGUAGUUGUGGCAGUAGGGAACUAUGUGCGGGACAUUUUAAAAGGUUCUAAUUACUGCAAGUCGGCUUCGGUUUCCGUGCUCCUUCUACCUCAUCCAAGUCCUCGAUCCGUGAACAACACCAACUGGCCUGAGAAGGCAAAGGCUUUUCUGGAGGAGCACAAGCUGUUGCCAUUCAUGAAAAAUGAGGCAUAAAGUCAUGCAAAUCUU